AACGGGUUUCAGUCGAUUGUGGGGCCUCAGAGGCGAUACACGAUAUUCGAGAUUUGAGAUCCACAACUGCGAUGACUAAUUCAUUGACCAUCGCCGUGUUUUUGGCCAGCCUGUGCCUCUUGGCCAGUAGUGGUCAAAUGCAGGCAGCCUCUAUUGUCUGCGGAUCGGAGGCUAAGUCUGCUGAGGAUGCGGAUUCGGUGACCACUCCCAGUACCAGUGAGGUCAACAAAUUCGUCCACAGCCUGCAAUGCACUCUGGAGAAGGCCAAGCCCUGGAUAGCCAAUAUCGAGAAGGAGGCCAAGAUCUUGGAGGAGAAGGCCAGGGAUGCCACCAUAUCGCUCUUCCAGCGCAUAAAUAAGCUGGUGAAUGUGCUCGCCUCACCGGUUAACUUCGAAAAGGAUAAGGAGAAGGACAAGGAUGAGCAAAAGGAGCCGGAGGAGGUCCCCACCACUACCACCACUUCCACUUCGGAAGCUUCCAGUUCCUCCAAAAACGAUGUUAAGGAGGAACUGACCACUUCUGCACCGCCAGUUCACUUGGACUGGCUGGAGGACAAUGCGAAUGAGGUGGACUACAUUCCAGAGAAGAAUUAGUGAAGCACUUAUAUAUAUGUAUAAUAUUACAUAUUAAUAAAUUAUUUUGAUCUUUA